CUUUCCAGUCGACUCGUUGUGGGAGCAUUGCUAUUGAAUACAUCCCGAGUCGUUCAUUGUAUGCUUAGAAGCUUGGGUCGAGUCUUUCAAGCAAACAGACCAAUACCCAGCUACACAUCCGCUGGUCCUAGUACAUUUCUCACCUUACACGCCAAAUCGUUCACCAUGUCCGCGCCCAACGAAGCAAAUUUGCACAAGGAUGAGGUGACUGGAGAGAUGGUGUCCAAGUCAGAGCACAAGAAGCGAAUCAAGGAACGACAAAGGGCCGAAGUCAAGGCUGCUUCUCAAGCUAAAAAGGCUGAAGAAGCUGCCUCUCAGCCCAAGAAGGCUGCUGCAGGUCCUUCGGCAGCUGCCAAGGAGGCGGAGAUGGACGCCGUGGCCUUCUACGAAUUGAGAUCCAAAACCAUCAACAAGCUCCGUCAGACCAAGAACCCGAAUCCUUACCCUCACAAGUUCAACGUCGACCAAUCUAUCCCUCGAUAUAUUGCAGAGUGGGGUGCGGAGGGCAAGAUUGAGAAUGGAACGAGUGCAUCUGAUGCUAAACCGGUUUCAUUAGCUGGUCGUGUGAUGUCUAUCCGAGAGUCCGGGGCUAAGAUCAAGUUCUACGAUGUCCAUGCGGAUGGCCACAAGGUCCAAAUUCUGGCACAGGAGCAGCACGCAGAGUCACCCGAAGCCUUUGCUCAGGAGAAUGAAAUCAUUCGACGUGGCGAUAUUAUCGGUGCCACUGGUAUUCCAUCACGUACGAAGAUGGGGGAACUGUCCCUUCUCGCAUCCAAAAUUCAACUUUUGUCGCCAUGCUUGCAUCAACUUCCAGGGCGUGAGGGUCUAGUUGACCAAGAGACGAGAUACCGAAAGCGAUACCUUGACUUGAUUGUCAACAGCCAUACUCGAGAUACAUUUAUCACUCGAGCCAAAGUCAUCCAACACGUCCGCAGAUUCCUCGACAAUCUUGGCUUCCUCGAAGUAGAAACACCCAUGACAUCCAUGGUUGCUGGAGGAGCCACAGCCAAACCAUUCAUCACCCACCACAAUGACCUCAAGCUCGACCUUUUCCUCCGUAUCGCGCCUGAAUUGUAUCUCAAGGAGCUCGUCGUUGGUGGUCUGAACCGAGUCUUUGAAAUUGGCCGAGUGUUCCGAAACGAACAGAUCGAUAUGACCCACAACCCCGAAUUCUCCAUCUGUGAAUUUUAUAUGGCCUACGCAGACAUGUACGAUUUGAUGGAGAUGACCGAGACCAUGAUCACAGAUCUCGUGAUCAAACUAUUUGGAACUACAAAGGUCCAAUUCCACCCACAGGGCAAAGGCGAGGGCAAGCCAGUUCUUGAGGCCGAUUUUAAGCGACCAUGGAAGCGAUUCGACAUGAUUGGCGAGUUGGAGGACAAGCUGGGUGUCAAGUUCCCGCCUGGAGAGACACUGCAUGAUGACAAUGCGAACAAGUUCUUGCGUGAUUUAUGUGCAAAGCACAAUGUCGACUGCUCAGAGCCCAAGACAAAUGCCAGAUUGCUGGACAAACUUGUCGGCGAGUUCAUCGAAACCCAAUGUAUCAGCCCCUCUUUCAUUGUCGGUCAUCCUCAAGUCAUGUCCCCCCUCGCCAAAUACCAUCGAUCCCGACCAGGCCUUUGUGAACGAUUCGAGGGUUUCAUCUUCACCAAAGAAGUCUGCAACGCCUAUACCGAACUGAACGAUCCAUUCGACCAGAGAGACCGAUUCGUUGAGCAGUCGAGACAGAAGGAUCAAGGAGAUGACGAAGCUCAAGGCGUCGAUGAAACAUUUAUCAAUGCUUUGGAAUACGGAUUGCCACCGACUGGAGGUUGGGGUUUGGGUAUCGAUCGAUUGGUCAUGUUCUUGACUGAUUCAGCGAAUAUCAAGGAAGUCCUCUUGUUCCCCGCGAUGAGACCUGUCGUUGCCAAUUCGGUGGAAGCUGUCGCUCCGGCUGAGAAGGCCAGCGAGGCUGCCAAGGCGGAGUAAGGACCAACGAAAUAGGCAAAUAGGCAUUGACGAAAGGAUAUUUUGUAUUUAGAUCCUUAGAUAUUUGAUGCAGUCGAGAAAUGGAAAAUCCAAGGAAUCGUCUGGCCAUAUAGCUCAGCGUCGGAAGGCACAUGACGACAUUGUUCAUGACUAAAUGAUAAAAUACAAG